CCGGAAGUGCUCGCGCCGCGGCCUGGCCUGAGCCCACCCAGGCAGCCGCCGCCGCCGCCGCCAGCGGAAGACCCGGGCAGCCGCCCGGCUCCGACGAUGGAGAUAACGAGGAGCAAUUUUAAGGAUAAUCUCAACAAAGUUUAUGAAGCUAUUGAAGAUGCAGACUUUCUGGCUAUAGAUGGAGAAUUUUCAGGAAUUAGCGAUGGACCAUCCGUUAGUGCGUUAACCAAUGGCUUUGACACACCUGAAGAAAGGUAUCAGAAGCUUAAAAAGCAUUCCAUGGAUUUCUUGCUGUUCCAGUUUGGCCUUUGCACUUUUAAAUAUGAUCAGGCAGAAUCUAAAUACGUUAUGAAAUCAUUUAAUUUCUACAUCUUCCCCAAACCUUUCAAUAGAACAUCCCCAGAUGUCAAGUUUGUCUGUCAGAGUUCAAGUAUAGACUUUUUAGCAAACCAGGGAUUUGAUUUUAAUAAAGUUUUUCGCAAUGGGAUCCCUUAUUUAAAUCAAGAAGAGGAAAGGCAGCUACGGGAGCAAUAUGAUGAGAAGCGUUCUCAAGCCAAUGGGGUGGGAGCCUUGUCCUACGUGUCUCCCAAUGCCACAAAGUGUCCCGUGACUAUUCCAAAGGACCAGAAGAAGUUCAUUGAGAAAGUGGUAGAAAGGAUAGAAGACCUCUUGCAGAAUGAAGGAAGCACAAAUCUGGAGCUGGAGCCAUGUACAAGAUUUCAGAGGAAACUAAUCUAUCAGACGUUGAGCUGGAAGUAUCCAAAAGGCAUCCAUGUUGAAACUCUGGAAACAGAGAAGAAGGAACGAUAUAUUAUCAUUAGCAAGGUGAAUGAAGAAGAGCGCAAAAGGAGGGAGCAGCAGAAACAGGUGAAAGAGCAGGAGGAACUUGAGGACGCGGUGGGGUUUUCCAGAGUCGUUCACGCCCUUGCUAGCUCCGGCAAGCUUGUGGUGGGGCACAACAUGCUGCUGGACGUCAUGCACACCCUCCACCAGUUCUACUGCGCUCUCCCGGAGGAUCUCAACGAAUUUAAGGAACUCACGUCGUGUGUCUUCCCAAGGUUGCUGGACACGAAAUUGAUGGCAAGCACUCAGCCCUUCAAGGAAAUCAUUAACAACACCUCCCUGGCAGAGCUGGAGAAGCGUCUGAAGGAGAUGCCCUUCAGCCCUCCAAAAGUCGGAAGUGCUGAGGGCUUCCCAAGUUACAAUACAGCUUCUGAGCAGCUUCACGAAGCCGGGUAUGACGCCUACAUCACAGGCCUGUGCUUCAUCUCCAUGGCGAAUUUCCUAGGCUCGUAUCUCAGCCCUCCAAAAACUCACGUCUCUGCCAGAUCAAAGCUCAUUGAACCAUUUUUCAACAAAUUAUUCCUGAUGAGGGUGAUGGACAUUCCGUAUCUCAACCUGGAAGGGCCGGACCUGCAGCCAAAGCGCGAUCAUGUUCUUUACGUUACAUUUCCCAAAGAGUGGAAGACGAGUGACCUUUACCAGCUUUUCAGUGCUUUUGGUAACAUCCAGGUGUCUUGGGUCGACGAUACGUCAGCAUUUGUGUCACUUAGCCAACCAGAGCAAGUACAGAUCGCUGUUAACACCAGCCGGUAUGCUGAAAGCUACCGAAUCCAGACGUAUGCAGAGUAUGUGGAGAAGAAGCAUGAAGAGAAGCGUCAGGCGAAGAGGAAAUGGACGGAAGACAGUUGGAAGGAGAUGGAGGGAAAGCGGCUGAAAACACAGGCCGCACCAUACAUGCUCCAAAGCCGGUACUACAGCGUCAGUAGCUUCACAGCAAGCAGCACCGUGGCGAAGAGGAGCAUGAGCCCCAUCCAGGAGGAGAGCGGCUGCGAUGAUGUCGAGGAGAGCAGAGUCCAAGAGGCGGCGCUGGAUCCAGCCGACUCCGUGAUGGAAUCCAUAGAAGAAGGGAAGAAAAGAGCCAAGAAGUUCAAGGCGGCCAAAAGGGAACAAGCUACAGCAGGAGAAGACCUCAAGGCCGCUCCCACCGGGCUCUUUGAAGUCCCAGACACGUGGUAGCCACCCACCACAGCAGGCCCUGAAUCCAGGGAAGUUGCCGCGCGUGUCAGCUUCACAAGCCGUGCUUUCGUUAAAUAAAGUGGGGUUUAUAAAUGAAAAAGCAGGAUGUUUCUUGGAGACCAGUUUAAUUUUUUAAACUGUCUAUUGAGCAAUCGUCGUCACCGUUUUCACACGUGUGUGUGUACACAUCAGUUUUGUUGAUUAUGUGAAAUUCUUUUGCUGUCAUAAUGUUAGAUCAAAAAGCAAGGCCUGAGUGUUUGGUCCUGAUCCCCCCCGUGUAUGGCAUGCAGCCCGUGAAGUUUUGCACGCAGAGCCUGCGCAUGGCCCACAUCGCUCUGCCGAUGGGACCAGUUGCUCUGCGGGAUUGUCUUGUGUCCGGAUUUUCACGCAAUGUCCACGCUCAGUCAGCCCCUUAACGCUUUCGACCACUUGGUUCCCUACCAUCCGCCAGGGUCUCUCCGCUGCCCAACUUAAACUGCCACUAUCCUCCUUGUCUCCUGUAUACAUGUACAUAGAUAUCCCCUAAAUCUCACAUUUUGUUUGGGAAGUGUGUUAAGGGUCGGGGGGGGGGGGGCUUGUCUCUUUCCUUAGCACCUUUUCCCCUUAGCUUGUGGGUCAUGUUCUAUAUUUAAAAAGACAAACAGAAACCUGUGAUGUUCAUCAGCUUCCCUCAGUAAAAAAACUUGGUUUGAUAUUUAACAUUUUUGUAUCAUGGAAAUGAGAAUGAAAUAUGUAUUUCCAUAAAGUAAAAAUUAAAGAUUUUUUUUCUUAGGAAUCA